AACAUCCAGUUUGACCUGAAGGUCAAACAGGAAAACAUCCAGUUUGACCUGAAGGUCGAGGUGAAGAGGGGAUCACGUUACGCGGCUCGUCCUGGAUGAAGCUCCGGUGGAUGUGGAGCGAUGGAGAGGUUCUCCUGGAUCCGCUGGAUUCUUCUGACCGGAAGCUUUAAUUUGCUGGUUCUCUGUCAACAUGAGACUCAGAGCAACUUCCCCUUCAUGAACUCAUCAUCACCUCAACCCCACAGAGACCAAGAGAAGCAUCUCCAGAAACUCUGGGCCCUCCAGUCCAGGACCGCCGUCCAGAACUCCAAAGUCCUCAACAAUCCCUCGUUUCCUCUAUUGAAGCAGAAGCUCUGGGAAAUCCCCAAGUCCAAGUCCAACCCGUCAGUAAAAAUUAAGCUUCAGCCCAUCAUGAAAGUUCAAGGACUCUCCAAACCGUCGAGGUUGUUCAGCUGGGGCGACUUUUACUCCAACAUCAAAACCGUCAAGCUGAAUUUGCUGAUAAUGGGGAAGAUUGUGGAUCACGGCAACGGCUCUCUCGGCGUCUACUUCCGCCACAACUCCACGGGUGUUGGGAACGUGUCGGUCAGCCUGGUCCCGCCCAUGAAGGAGGUGGAGUUCGACCUGGAGCGCCAGAGCGUGGUCCACCCCAAGGAGUCGAAGACGUUCAACUGCAGGGUGGACUACGAGAAAACCGAACGCAGCAAGAAGGUGAUGCUGUGCAACUACGACCCGUCGAAGACGUGCGACCAAGAACAAACCCAGAGCCACAUCACCUGGAUGUGCUCCAAGCCUUUCCAGGUCAUCUGUGUCUACAUGUCGUUCUACAGCACCGAUUACAGGCUGGUCCAGAAAGUCUGUCCGGACUACAGCGCCCAGGUCCCGCCCUUCCUGCCCACAGGGUGAACAUGGGCCCAGGAGACGAGGAUGAAGGGACGAUGCUGUUUGAGCCGUUCAAAACUUUGUCCUGAAAUAUGUGGAAUGCUGUUUGUACAGUAAGUGAGUCAAAUAUUAACAGCAAUAAUUUGGAUUAUUUAGCGGGAAAAAUAGGUUUCCUUUUCAUAUUCUGUCCAUAUUAUUCAUUCACUUAUAAACGUCCCAGUUUCAAAUUAAAUAUUCAUUUAGCAAGUUAAAUAUUUCGUUUACUAACUAGAUAUUUAGACCCAAACUAAAGAUUUAGCUUGCUAACUUCUUAAUAUUCUGUUUGAAACUAAAUAUUUAGUUCAGAGUUUACAAGCUAAAUAGCUUUAUAGCUUGUAAGCAACAACCUACCUAAAUAUUAUGUUAGCUCACUAAUGUGCUAAUAUUUAGCUUGGAGCUAAACAUAAAUUAAAUAUAUAGCUUGAUCGUUAAAUAUUUAGCUAAAUAGUUUGUAAACAACAUAUUUAACAUGCCAACUUGCUAAAACUUUAGAUUGGAGCAAAAAUAUUUAGCUUGCUAACUUGUUAAUAUGAGCUAACUAUAAGCUUGUGAGCUAAAUAUUUAGCUUGCCAACUUACUAAUAUUUAGUUUUGAGCUAAAUAUUUAGUUACAAAUUAAAUAUUUAGCUAAAAUAAACAGUUUGUAAAAAACAUAUUCAGCUUGUUAACUUGCUAAU